AUGUCUUCAAAAAACAAAAAAAAAUGGAAUUGCAUUACUUCCAAUGGAACAGCAGGCUGUGGUUGCAGCAAACCCAAAUUAUCAGAAAUUAUUCAGCCCAAACCCAAGCCCAGGCCCAAACCCGAGCCCAAUUCUCACUCAUCUUCAACCUCGAAUUCAGAUUCACCAUCUCCGCCGAUUUUGCCGGCGAAGAUCGUCGGAAGUGUGGCCGUAGUAAAGGAUUCCGAUGAUCCGUUUGGGGAUUUCCGGCAAUCGAUGUUGCAGAUGAUAACGGAGAAGGAGAUUUACUCCUACGAUGAUUUGAAUGAGCUUUUGAAUUGUUUUUUACAGCUGAAUUCGCCUUCUCAUCAUGAUAUUAUUGUUCAAGCUUUCAUGGAGAUCUGGAAUAAUGGGAAAAAUUGUUUCCAAGCAGGAUCCUAAUUUAACUUUUUUUCUUCUUUUUUGGGUGAAGUCUUCUUCGAAAAUAUUAGAUAAUAACAUGUUGGGAUUGGAGAAUCUGAUAUGACUUAUGAGUAAUAUAUAUCCUAUAUUUUAUGUUA